AACAAACCAAAAAACCUAAUCAACCAAAUUAAACUCCAAACACAAUGGCGCUCGACUUAACAAUUUUCCAAACCAUAGUCCCCUCUCGUUUCCUCAGUUUCACCAUCCCUCAUCCCACUCUCCCUACCCAUCUCCUCCGAGUUGCCAUCCUCGACUCACCCACUCCAUCCACCGAGUCACCCCAGUCUGCAGCUCUCUUUGUCCCUCUAAACCGCGAGUCAGACUGGAUUUUCUCCACCGAGUCGGGUCACCUACAGCUUCUCCUCUCAUCUCCCGGCAUCUCACGCCUCAUCUUAAUCUGUAAGAAUCCAAUCAAUGACACUUUUGACUCACUUUAUAAGAAAGAUGAUGAUACCCAGUUUGUUAAAAGUCUUGUAAAUCGCUUGAAUCCUCUUUUUAUUGCUUUAUCUCCCAAGAAUUAUGGUAAAGAUGAGAUCUUUGAUGUACCCAUUUUGGAAUAUGUAGAUAAUUUGAUUUCUAGUGUUGUUUUAGAGAGAUGUAGGGGAGUUUUUGUUGGUGAAAUGGUGAUUGAAGAUGUUGAGAUAGAAAAUGACAGCGAAUCGCGAGAGUUUCGGAGGAGAUUGAGGUUUAAAAGAAUGCCAAACUUGAUUCAAACAGAGAUUCGUGUUGUCCCGGAAACAAGUAAUGGCUUAGAUUGUGUAAUGAUUGGUGGAGAAUUGGAGUUUAGGCCUGAUCUUGGAGUUUUAGUGCAUCCGUAUUUUACGCCGAUGAUGGCUAGUCUUUCUUUAGCUAGUUGUCAUAUUGAGGAUAGGAUUCGGAAGGGGUUAAAGCCUAGAGCUUUGUGUUUAGGAGUUGGAGGUGGUGCUAUUCUCAGUUUCUUGAGAACUCAAUUGGGGUUUGAUGUUUUUGGUGUUGAAAUGGAUGAGGAGGUUUUAAGGGUCGCGAGGCAGUAUUUUGGAUUGGAAAACAGUGGAAUUCAGGUUUUCGUUGGAGAUGCGUUGGAGUUUCUUGAGACAAUAGCUGGUCAAAGGGGCUCGUCAAAUUUGGUUUCUAGCAAGGCCGAGGGAAAUUAUGUGAACCAUGCAUUUGGAACUGACUGUAAAUUUGACGUUGUUAUGGUUGAUUUGGAUUCAUGUGAUCCCAGGACUGGCGUUAGUGCUCCGCCGUUGGAGUUAAUUCAGAGACAUAUAGUUUCAGCUCUGCGUACUCUCCUUUGUGAUUUUGGAAUCAUGGUAAUGAAUGUGAUCCCUCCGAGUAGACCCUUCUAUGAUACAGUAUUAAGUAUUUUCCGUGAGUCUUUCCAUGAUUUGUAUGAAAUUGAUGUUGGUAAUGGAGAGAAUUUUGUUCUUAUUGCAAAUAUGUCACCGGUUAUAUCUUCGGUCAGUAACAGCCAAAAUACCUUUUUAAAGAAACUAAAGGAGGUGAUUCUGGGAAAGUACUUGGAUUCCAUAAAGAAAAUUUAAGCCUAGCAGCGCCGAAUUUUAUUUUUCAAUGGUUUACAUGGUACAAAAGCAAAUCAUGAUUUUUAUUCUGUUACGCCGUAAUUUCUCCCAUCUGUGAAUUUUACAUAAAUCAAGCUUCGGAGCAAGAUAAGUACAUUUUAUGGAGAACAGUUGCCAGGCAGUGUCAGGUCGGGAUCUUGUUGGCAGCAGAGUGGAUAACCUGGCGCACCUAAAAGGAAAAGAAACUAAGACAACUAGAUAAGGGAGUUUCUGCAUAUUCCUUCUCGACGCAGGCAGCUCCAUUGAAAGACUUGGAACAUUCAUAUACGUGAUGCCGAUUUCAUUGCGAUUCUAGUUUAUCUGACAUGCACAAAGCACAGCAAUGAAGUUGUUGUCAAGUAUGUAUAUAUAAACACUUUUUUUCCUAUAUGCACCUUAUUUUCAGAUUUUGCUUUCAUGAGUUCUUAUGCAAGUGCAAGUCCAUAAUUUGGAGGUUGGUUGUUCAUCUUUUAUUCUGGAUUAUCUUUGUUGCCUAUUUGCCAACUUUAUCGUAACCACUAACCAUUUAAUUAUGUUUUGUUGGAUUGCUCUACUUUAUAUAUAACUAUUAGCUGAUCUCAUUUAUUCAAGAAAAACGUUCUGCAAAAAUGCGUGGGCAAAGGCUGCAAGCAUAUGCAUCCACCCUCCAUCUAUUCCAACAAAACCCGGGAGCAAUUCGUACACUAGGCUAUAUUGCACGAGAACUUCUUGAGUCUUAUGUUCGGCUUUUUUUUUUCCUGU